CCCCGCCUGUCCUGCCAAUCCAAUCUUCCAAGCCUCAAUCAAGCAACUUGGUCCGCAAUCUGCAACAGCACCGUCCUUACGCGUCAUCACGACCAUCCUCGACGACAGCGACGACGACGACGACGACAAGUCACCACUGGAGACCGACACUGAUCAACGCGAGACAUCUCACCACGCACACCCUCCAGCGCGCGCGACAAGGCAACGUGCCCUCUCUCUCUCUUCGACCACAACCUUGACACAGCGACACACGAGCAGUAGUACACGCGAUACCCGAUCCCGCGCAUUGUCACACCGUCAUCGCCUCGGACGCAUUCGUUUUGAACCCAGCAGAGCCUGUCGCCUCACGCCGAACACUAUUUGCACCUUUCCUCGCCACCUGUCGAGGGGCGCGUCUGUCCCAUGGCGCUGCAAUCGUAGUAGAGUCAUCGCCAUUUCCUGCCCGGCUCAUAUCACCCAGGGGCGACCAGUCACAACUUCGCCAUGAACCUCGACAUGGCCACAGCCAUCACUACGACCGUGGCAGCCGCCACUCCUGCUUUCCCAGCAGGCGUUCUGGCGGCUUGCACUCCACUCAUCUUACCUGCUCAUGGCGUCCUCUCCGUCUGGGGUGCUGAGCCGACAGUGCUUGCCUAUGACGCAGUCUUUGAGCCAGAAUGCCUACUUCAACGCGAUGCCAUUCCCGAGGCAGCGCUGUCGGUCUCUACCUCUGCGGAAGCCAUGCAAGUCGGCAACACCGAGUCAGACACAGAGAUCAUCGGUCACGACGAGUUUAACGCAUCUAUAUUCCCACAAUGCUACGCGCUCGCCGCCACGACCGUCCUGGCCUACGUGCUCUUCAUCAUGUUGCUCAUAGUCCCGCGCUCCUUCUUGGACGGCGGUAUCGUCAUCCUCGGGCGCCGCGGCUUCACCAACGGCCCGUCCCACGGAAUCAGCAUUGGUGGCCGCCCUUGGCUGCAAAAAAUAGCGGCUCUGUCCGUCACCAUAUCUCUUACUAUUGCUACCGUCGACACGUUCCGUGUCGCUGAACGACAGUACCGCCAAGGUAUGCAGGAUGCCUCGGAGCUGCAAGCUGAAGUCCUCGGUGGUGUUCAGCUGAAGGUCAUCCAGCUGGUGUCAGAUACCUUCCUAUGGCUAGCCCAGGCUCAGACCUUGAUCCGUCUGUUCCCCCGCCAGCGUGAGAAGAUAAUCAUCAAGUGGACCGCGUUCUCACUCAUCACGCUUGAUAUCGUCUUCGGCGCGCUGAACAGUUUCAAAUACGUUGGCAUCGGUUAUGCCGCUCGACCUCUGAACUUUACAGAACCUGUUGCCGCCCUCAGCUACUUGUUCCAGCUGUCCCUGGGACUACUCUAUGCAGCUUGGGUGAUUUAUUACGCACUCAUGAAAAAGCGAUAUGCCUUCUACCACCCGCUGAUGAAGAAUAUCAGCCUGAUGGCAGUGCUGUCGAUCUUCUCUCUCCUCGUGCCAGUCGUGUUCUUUGUACUCGACAUUGCCAAACCCGAUUUCACCGGGUGGGGCGAAUAUGUCCGGUGGGUUGGUGCUGCGGCCGCCAGUGUCGUUGUUUGGGAAUGGGUAGAACGAAUCGAGGCGCUAGAGCGGGAGGAGAAGAAGGAUGGCAUUCUUGGCAGAGAGGUGUUUGAUGGGGAUGAAUUGAUGGACAGCACGCCUUCUGAUCUUCACUCAUGGCACCGCCGUAAGAAGACCUCCAGGAAAGGUUCGAAGCCCGGAGGGGACGGCGGUGAAGGCGGCAUGGGCAACAGUACGUCGUUCUCGACCCCGUCAGCAACGCCAAGCAGGACAUGGCCAGCCAUGUCAGCUAUUGCGAACAGGAGUGCUGCCAACAUCGCCGGCCCAAGACACCAAGUUACUGCGUCGGAAGCACAGCAAGGAAGGAACGUUUCAUCACGGCCGAAGCCGAGCAAGGGCCGGUUCCUCAAUGCCCCUUUUUGGCCGUCACGGCCCGCUCCAGCGGUUACGCCUGUAAGCCGGACGGACACAGCCAGCGCCGACAGUACGGUGUACGCUGUCCGUUACCAGCCUUUGACAGAGACAUCAUCUGGUGUCGCGCCCCACGACCAGCCCUUCUCGGUAGGGGACACGGCCAGUUCUCCCAUUGGCAUCAAUACCACAGAACGCUCAGAAAGCUCGCCGAGCCCGCCCAACAAUGAUCAUGUUGCGCCACUCAACACAGGGGAAAUGGACUCAGACGAACCGGGACCAUCUGGCUCAUCUCCUUGGUACUCACCGAGACGUUUAGGGCUACUCCGGGUUGCAUCACGGGGACCACCAGCAGAAGUGCUGCCGCACACGACGCCACGGCAGUCGCAGAACCGACGAAAUCAUGAUGGCUCAGGAGGCCGGUGGGAUGUCAGAGGGCGAUGGGAAGACUUUGCUGCGAACCACGCGGAAAAGGUCAUGGAGCGGAUGCGCGGAACCCCUGACAUUGAGAGCCUGCCAGUCACGGUCAUUCCGGCUCCACCUCGUCCUGGCGCUGCCCUGGCACAGCUUCUGGAGGAAGAAGGGGAGGCUAACGCGCAGGCACGAGCGGAAGGUUCCUCGCGGGCCGUGCCGGCGCCGACCUUACGAGGCAUGGCUAGCGCAUCGUCCUCCAUCCCCCUGGCAUCGCUUCCGCCACGCAACCUCAGCGUGAGCACUGCAUCUCGGCCUUUCCCCACGCCUGGUGAGUCGAUAGGCAGCUCAGUCCCUAGAUCACCUGUGGCCAGCGAGGACCGAAACGCACGAGGAGGGGCCACUCCGAGCCGCAGACCAGUCGUACGGUAUGAGUCCCUUCCCGUGUUACCAAGCAACGAGGCACAGAGGGACGAGCUGCCGAUAAGCGAUGCUUACCGGCAUCCGCGGACGACUUUGCAGCAUCCACCGCCACCGUGAGUGAGCAUGGCAUUUGAUUAUUUUCUGUAAAACCCUGGUAAAGCGGCUGCUUUUUUGAGUGUUGUGCAUAGGGCAUGGCGUUUUGAGGUGGAGGGGACCCCCAAAAUAUACCCAGAAUAGGCGUUCCUGAAUUGAGAAAUAUUUUGCACUUGGGAUGGA